CUGCCCUGCUUGAAGUUCCUCUAUGGGUCUUGAAGAAUGAUGAUGGCGUUCGAUUCGCCGGAAAUUCCUACCGCUUUCACAAACUAUACACGCAUUCGAAACAAUGACCGUCCAACUGAACAUAGUCGUUCAGGCUCGGCUAACGGAAGUGGACAUGAGAGAUGUGGAAGAAAAAGUGUGGAAUCCUCGGAAUCCGGGCACACAGAUCACUCGGCCAUGGAAUCUCAGAAGGAGGAAGAGAGUGAAAAGAAGGAGCCGGACGAGAGUAGCGAGGAGGAAGAACAGUUAGAAGAUGCCGAAGGACAGACACUCUUCUGUGUAGAAGCAGUAAAGGCUGUUCGCGGAAAGAGAGGAGAACGAGAGUUUUUCAUCAAAUGGCAUGGUUAUCCCGAUUCAGAUAACACCUGGGAACCGGAAGAAGGAGUCGGUCACCUUGAAAUUGUUCAAGACUUUUUAAAAGAGUUGGAUCAAAAAGCCGCUCGGAUAGCCAAGCGUAAAAAAGAGGAGGCUGAUCGUCUUCGCGCCCAGCAGAAAGCUGCACGUAAACAGGCUAAGGAAGCUGCAAGGAAGAAAGAGGAGCGUCGGCAUGAAACGGAAAAAAAGAAAAAUUUCUUGUCCUCCAGUGAUGAUGAAACAUCCGACACGAAAGAAACGGAACACAAAGCAGAAAAGAAGGCUAAAUCCGAAAGCGACUCCGAAAAAGAGCGAGAGGAAAAGGAAAAACUAGCCAGGAAGAAAGCCAAGCGAGAAGCACGAGAGCGUGAGAGAUUGGAAGAAGAGGAGAAACGGAAGGCCGAAAAGAAACAGGCGAAGGAAAAAGCCAUGGAGCAAGUGAAAGAUAGCGAUAGCCGAACUACGGAAACGGAAUCUCCUAGGAAGGAAAAACCGGCGUACGAUGACGAAGCUGCGAAAGCCGCUCGGAAGAAGGCCAAACGGGAAAGGCAAGAAAGAGAAGCAGAGGAGAUUCGGCAACGGUUAAAAGCCGAAAAGGAGAAGGAUCGCGAGAGAAAAGCGGCUGAAGAGAGAAAGGCGAUUAAAGAAAUUGAAUUGGAGAAGGCCGCAAGUUAUAAACAACAUGAAAAGAAAGUUCCGAAGCAGAAAGAUCCUGAACCACCCGAAAAGCAUGUCGCCGUUCCGGAGGCGAAGAAGUUUGCGGAAACGAUCAAAGUUGCGGAAAAGAAGGCUAAGGAGGAAAGUCACCAAAUCAAUAAAAGUGAUAAAGAGAAGGAGAAGCCUGUCAAGAAGAAAAAUGAUGCUGCAUCUCUCUUCUUCGGUGCGAAAUCCGACAAACCUUCCAGUAGCGGAUUGGAAAUGCGUAAAAAUAACGAUUCGAAAGAGAAGGAACGGCAUGAGAAAGUUAAAGCGGGACAGAGAUCUCGAUCCAAUAGCGUCGAGUCUGUUCAAAAAGCACAGGACCAAAAGUUUGAUCCGAAGAAAAAUACGAAAUCUUCCAUGGAGGCCGAAACCAGGAAAACUGAGAAACAACGAGAUAAAAAGCCGAAGGAGAGUAUUCACGAAAGAAGAUCACGAUCAACCAGCAUUGAGCUUCAGGAGAAAAAAUUUAAUAAGAACCUCGAAUCUCAAAAAAGUAGUAUUGAACCCAGUAAUGAGCAAAGUUGGCAGCCUGAAAAGAAAAGCAUGGAAGUAGCGAAAAGGGCAAGGUCAUCGAGUAUCGAAUUUGGUGAGAAUGCUGGCGACACAUGCACAAGUGUCCUUUCUCCCAAGAACACCGAAUCUCUACUAUGUUCGGCCCAUUCUGAAGAUCAACAGCCCCCUGAAAUCAUAGCACUGGAAAAGAAAGCAGAGCAAAGGUCUAGAUCGAACAGUAUGGAAAUUGACGAAAGAAGUGUAUCGACCAGCGUUGCUAGCCACACCACUCCAACUGUGGUCCAGGCGGCUUCCACCAGCCGCGAAAUGGAUCGCGAAGUAUCGCCUGAAAUAGCGUAUCCGAUGCGUUAUGGAACUUUACCCGUAUCGGCUCCGCAGCCAUACGAAGCAUCGGAUGAUGAGUCGGGCGACGAAGACGACGAGGACGGUGAACCACAGUUCGAAGUGCGAAAAAUUGUCGAGGACAAAUGGUCAGAAGAUGAGGGGUGUCAGAUGUACUUUGUGCAGUGGCUGGGAUAUGACUCGGAUGAUGAUACUUGGGAGCCCGAGGAAAAUUUGAAGCACCUGGAUGUUUUUAAAGAGUAUUUGCAACAGAAAGCCGAAAAAGCCAAGAAGAAAGAGGAAAAGAAGAAGGAGAAAGAACGCGUUAAGAGUCUGGCAACGACAUCUGCCGCUUCAAAAGUCAGUACUUCUUCUUCCGAUGAGGAAGAAGAGAGGGAAAGAAAGAAAAAAGCGGAGAAGAAGGCGAAAAAGCUGGAGCGUGAAAAUAAAUUGUCUACUCUUUCUUCUGCAAGGCCAGCCCAGCCCUCGCGUAAAAUGACGCAUAUGGACAAGGUUUUUGGAAUGCAGGAAGAGGACUCGGCAGAUGCGGAAGUACAAGUACGCAAGGAUGCCGUGAUGAAUAAGAGUUACAGAAUCAACCAGCUUCAGAGACCACUGGAUGACGCUCCCAGACAACUGAACGUUGCUCCUGUGAAGAAUAAUUAUGAAGCUCUUAAGGAGUGGGAUUAUAAGAUGAAAAUACCGAAAACUUCCGACGCAAAAGCUCCAUCUGCACCUGCGGGACCGGUUCGGAAGCCACUUGAAGUCGUGCCCCCAGUCCAGUAUGUUACGGAAGCCGAUGGAAUUUUCAAGGAUGUUGUGCCGCAAGACAUGAAAUACCUCAAGCUGGUUUUUGACACAUCCACCCCACUUCCCGAACCCCGGGAUCCUAAACCGUUCAUGACCUAUGCCGCAACGAAUUUUAAGCUACCUUAUAUGACCAACGAAAAGCGCUUUGAUGGAUUGUUCAAUCGUGUCCAGCAUUUAAAGCGUCCUGACCCCUCGGAUCCUCCGUUGGUCACGGAUCCCAAAUCCAUGUUCGAGCUCUCGUCGGUCAAUCGGUUCGUGGCACAGCAUUCUCGAUCGAAUGCUCCUGUCCUUGUCAAUUAUUGCGACCACUUCCGGAAAACGUUAUGGCCGCGGCAGGCGGAUGAAGAGAAAAAUAACGAAAAUUUUAUUUUGAGAGAAAUGGAGCUGUUCCUAAAGUUUCAAGCUAAAAAUCGAGCGGUGGAAGAAUAUCUGGAGAAACGCGACGGUGUUACGGUGCGUCGUAAGGCGGUCAAACGUAUCCAGCGUGUGGAGAGACGACGACACUAACUAAGGAUUUUGUGUUGAUAUUAACCUUGGAUUUUGGUUCGUUGUUUAUUUGCGAUGGAAAUCAGGGUAUAUUGCCAUUGGAAGUUUUUGUCGUUCGUAGCGUUGACUGCAUUCGGUUUUUCUUUCCGCAGUUCCUCAACUUCUAUGUGCAUCCCGUAUGCUUUUGUACAAACCAGGUCUGAUUGGAACGAAAGUCUUUUGUUAUUACUAUGCAGCUCAGGCUUGAACGCUGCAGCCCGAUGAUAAGGGAACUCUAUAGUAGGCUUUUAUGGGAACCGAAAAAUAAGCUGUCGUUGUUGAAAGAUUGGUUCGUACUUUGAGUUCCUUUCUUAAACGCCCAAAACCUACAAAUGCCAUCCUUU